AUGAUGGCUGAUUACGGUGAUGACCACGAUAGUGAUAGUGAAAUACUACCAUCGACGCUGCCCACCAGACUAUUGGAGCCUACCACUAACGCUGCCCACCAGACUACCAUUGUCGCUGCCCACCUGACUACCAUUGACGCUGCCCACCAGACUACCACUGACGCUGCCCACCAGACUACCAUUGACGCUGCCCACCAGACUACCAUUGACGCUGCCCACCAGACUACCAUUGACGCUGCCCACCAGACUACCACUGUCGCUGCCCACCAGACUACCGUUGACGCUGCCCACCAGACUACCAUUGACGCUGCUCACCAGACUACCACUGACGCUGCCCACCAGACUACCACUGACGCUGCCCACCAGACUACCACUGACGCUGCCCACCAGACUACCACUGACACUGCCCACCAGACUACCACUGACACUGCCCACCAGACUACCACUGACACUGCCCACCAGACUACCACUGACGCUGCCCACCAGACUACCACAGACGCUGCCCACCAGACUACCAAUGACACUGCCCACCAGACUACCACUGACACUGCCCACCAGACUACCACUGACACUGCCCACCAGACUACCACUGACACUGCCCACCAGACUACCACUGACACUGCCCACCAGACUACCACUGACACUGCCCACCAGACUACCACUGACGCUGCCCACCAGACUACCACUGACACUGCCCACCAGACUACCACUGACACUGCCCACCAGACUACCACUGACACUGCCCACCAGACUACCACUGACACUGCCCACCAGACUACCACUGACGCUGCCCACCAGACUACCACUGACACUGCCCACCAGACUACCACUGACACUGCCCACCAGACUACCACUGACGCUGCCCACCAGACUACCACUGACACUGCCCACCAGACUACCACUGACACUGCCCACCAGACUACCACUGACGCUGCCCACCAGACUACCACUGACACUGCCCACCAGACUACCACUGACACUGCCCACCAGACUACCACUGACGCUGCCCACCAGACGGCUGGCCAGUAG